AUGUCAGGUAUAGAUUUCAAAACAGGUGACCUAGUGCUUUGUAAAGUUGCAUCAUAUCCAAAAUGGCCAGCAAUUGUUUUCCCACAACGUCUGUUAGGUAAAGAUGUUUAUCGAGAACGAAAGCCAAAUAAAAUAUGUGUCUGCUUCUUUAAUGAUCUAACUUAUUCAUGGGCAUCUCCAAGCAGAUUAGAACCAUUGACAAAGAAAGAUAUAGAAGAGUUUUUAAAUAAUAAUCAUUUGAAAAAGACAAGUAUUAAUGAGACUUUAAUAGAGGCUUAUAGAGAUGCAGAUGAAUUCAGAAAUUUAAACAAUUUCAUUAUUCAACGUUGCACUGAAGAAGAUCGUUUAGAGGAUUUAGAGAAGGAGGAAGGAAAUGAGAUAGAAAGUGGGGAAGAUCCAUUUAUUGGGAUAAAUAGAAGAAGAUUGAUACAAAAAAAGGAAAAAUUAACUCAAAAGAAAUCUUCUACUAAAGAUAAAAAAAAUAAAAUAAAUGAUAAUGAUUCACAUAGCACCCAUCCGGGUACAAUAAAAGGGGUUGCAACCAAGAAAAGAAAACUUGAAAAAUCUAAUAAAACAGAUGACGACAACAAUGAUGAUGACGGUGCUGAUGAUGCCAAAAGUUCAUCUACAGAUGGAAAUGUAGAAACGAUGAAUGGACUUUCUAAAAAGAAGAAAUUAAAAACCCUUAGCACAAAAUCUGAACGUUCUGAUAGUGAUCCCAAUGAUAUGAGUCUUGCACCUCAUAUAAUUACUGUUGACAAGCCCCAAUCUGACGAGCAUAUAGCAUCACCUUCAACUUCAAUCUCAGAUACAAGCUCCAAAUCAAAUUCAGUUUCAGUUUCAAACUCUACCGCAGCAUCUAGUCCAGAUACAGUAUCAAGUUUAACUAAUUCUAAUAUGGACACAACAGAAACUGAACAUAAUAAUGGUAACAUCCAUUCAAAGAAAAAAGGAAUGUUAGAUAGCUCCAAAAAAAUGGAAAUAACUUUAUUACUACGCAGCAAAAUUCAAAAAUUAUUAGUUCAAAGAGAAGAUAAUCCAACUGAUGAUGACCUGAGAGAAGCACAUACAUUGUUUAAACGAAUUAAAAAGAAUUUAAACAAUAAUCCACCUGUUUUCGAUAUUGAUUCCCUUAGAACGAGUAAAUUGCAUAAAUUAUUUAAAGUAAUUGGAAAUACAGAAUCUUUGGCUGAGUUUCACCCAGACUGUAAAGAAAUCCUGUUAGUAUGGUCUAAUAUAAUUAAUCAAUUAAAAAUUGAGAAAAAGAAAAAUUUAACCAUUCAAAAGACAUCAAAAGUAGAGCAGGCUUAA